AUGCCUUGGGAUUUACGGUCAGUAUGGUUGCUUGAGAGGAAUCGCUUCGAUAUUGACUAUGAGCAGCGCAAUGUGAUUUCGGCACCACGAUGGGCAGUUGCUGCUCCGGCUAUUGCGCUGCGACCAAGUGUCGGUCCACAGACCAACGCUGGCCCAACUGCCAUGAAGACAACGGCCCAUGCCUGGCCGAUGAGCACUGCUGCUAUAACAACAAAUGUGUCGAGGGUCUAUGCGCCCGUGGAGGGGCUUAAAUUGGGUAUUCGGGAGCACCCCGGUUGGUGCUCAGAGCUGUAG